CCGGCGCCGGGAGGCGGAGUAGGGCGGAGCGGGCGGCAAACGCAGCACUUUCCGCGGCUUUGACAAGCCCGCGGCGGCCGGGCCCAAGCGCUAAACGGGGCCGGGACUGCGCCAUGCAGGAAGCGCCAGCCGCGCUGCCCACGGAGCCGGGCCCUAGCCCCGUGCCAGCCUUCCUUGGCAAGCUAUGGGCGCUGGUGGGCGACCCGGGCACCGACCACCUGAUCCGCUGGAGCCCGGUGAGGGCUGGGGCCUUUCGACUUCCUCAGUGGUCCCCGGGAUUCCUCCACAGCGGGACCAGUUUCCUCGUCAGCGACCAGAGCCGCUUCGCCAAGGAAGUGCUGCCCCAGUACUUCAAGCACAGCAAUAUGGCGAGCUUUGUGCGGCAACUCAACAUGUACGGUUUUCGGAAGGUGGUGAGCAUCGAGCAGGGUGGCCUGCUGAGGCCGGAACGGGACCACGUCGAGUUCCAGCACCCGAGCUUCGUGCGCGGCCGAGAGCAAUUACUGGAACGCGUGCGGCGUAAGGUGCCUGCGCUGCGCGGCGACGACGGCCGCUGGCGCCCUGAGGACCUGGGCCGGCUUCUGGGCGAGGUGCAGGCUUUUCGGGGAGUGCAGGAGAGCACCGAGGCGCGGCUGCGGGAGCUCAGGCAGCAGAACGAGAUCUUGUGGAGGGAGGUGGUGACGCUGCGGCAGAGCCACGGUCAGCAGCACCGGGUCAUUGGCAAGCUGAUCCAGUGCCUCUUUGGGCCACUUCAGGCGGGGUCCAGCAGCACAGGAACUAAGAGAAAGCUGUCCCUGAUGCUGGAUGAGGGGUGCCCAACACCAGCCAAAUUCAACGCCUGCCCCCUACCUGGUGCCCUCCUGCAGGACCCCUACUUUAUCCAGUCGCCUCUCCCAGAGACCACCCUGGGCCUCAGCAGCCCUCACAGGGCCAGGGGCCGCAUCAUCUCUGACAUUCCGGAAGACUCUCCAUCCCCUGAAGGAACCAGGCUUUCUCCCUCCAGUGGUGGCAGGAGGGAGAAGGGCCUGGCACUGCUCAAAGAAGAGCCAGCCAGCCCAGGGGGGGAAGGCGAGGCCGGGCUGGCCCUGGCCCCAAACGAGUGUGACUUCUGCGUGACAGCACCCCCACCGCUGCCUGUGGCUGUGGUGCAGGCCAUCCUGGAGGGGAAAGGGAGCCUCAGCCCCGAGGGGCCCAGGAGUGCCCAGCAGCCUGAACCAAGAGGCCCCAGGGAGGUUCCUGACAGGGGGCCUCUGGACCUGGAGAGAGGAGCCCGAAGCCCGGAGAGUCUGUUGCCUCCAAUGCUGCUUCGGGCCCCCCCUGAAAGUGUGGAGCCUGCAGGGCCCCUAGAUGUGCUGGGCACCAGCCUCCAAGGGCGGGAGUGGACUCUCAUGGACUUAGACAUGGAGCUGUCCCUGUUGCAGCCCUUGGUUCCAGAGAAGGGUGAGACUGAGCUGGCGGUCAAGGGGUUAAAUUCUCCAGGGCCAGCCGGCGUGCCCGGGGUGAAGAGGGAAAGCCGACUACGUGUACGAGCCCAGGCGGUACGCGACCUCUGUGGCCUGCCUCCCCGCGUCCCGGGAAGAACGGCCCCCUUUCCCCACCCCCUCGCGGUUCCCGGCAGCCCUGGCCGCCCCGCCCCCGCCGCAGCUGCUGCUUCCAUCCCCACCCGGCCCUUUCUGCCUUGUCAUCUCCUGCCCCGCCGAGGCUCGACCCGUGAGUGGGGCCGCCGGGAGCGCACGGAGCGGGAGCCCCCCCCGACCCCCGGCUGCGGUAGGGAAGAGAAACUGAGUUUGGGCAAAAUCCGCACCCCACCAAAACCAGCCGCGCCCGAAGGAGCCCUCACCAUGGGCAACACGCAGGAGAGGCCAUCAGAGACGAUCGACCGCGAGCGGAAACGCCUGGUAGAGACGCUGCAGUCGGACUCGGGGCUGCUGCUGGAUGCGCUGCUGGCACGGGGCGUGCUCACCGGGCCCGAAUACGAGGCGUUGGACGCGCUGCCUGAUGCCGAGCGCAGGGUACGCCGCCUGCUGCUGCUGGUGCAAAGCAAGGGCGAAGCCGCCUGCCAGGAGCUGCUGAGCUGCGCCCAGCGAACCGUGCGCGCGCCCGACCCCGCCUGGGACUGGCAGCACGUGGGCACGGGCUACCGAGAACGAAGCUACGACCCUCCAUGCCCAGGCCACUGGACUCCUGAGGAAGCUGGCUCAGGGACCGCAUGCCCCUGGCUGCCCAGAGCUUCAGAUUGCGAUGAGGCCCGGGGUCCUGAGGACUCCGAGGCAGCGCAAUCCGGAACCCUCGAGGAAACUGAGCCAGAGCUGGAAGCUGAGACCUCUGAAGGGGCUGAGCCGGAGUUGGAACCCCAAAUGGAUCCGGAACCAGAGCCAGGGACAGAACCAGAGCCAGAACUGGAGCCGGAGCCCGACCUAGGGGCUGGGGACGAAUCUGAAGAUUCCUGAAAGCCUUAACGCUGACAGGCCGCUCCUCGCCCUAGCAGGAUGGGAUCCAGGAUCCUGCCCUGCUGGGGUCAGAUGCCACGAAGGCUCCAUCUGGCCCAGUACCACUGAAAGUGAAUAAACUCUGGAGGGUCAGCUUGGACUCUGUGAUUCUGGCUCUUUGCCCAGGAACUAGGGUGUGGAUUUGUACCUCUAAGUCCCAAUGACCUGGGCAGCCCUGUGCCCACGGCCCAGUCCUCAACCCCUUUCCAUCCUCAAUAGCCCAAGCUGUACCCCCUGGAGACCCCAGACCCAGGUCCCCAGUGGGACAAGGGCCAGACCCUUGGGCCCUGCUCCACAGCCCUUUUAUCCUCGUGAACCAUUUGGGGACAUGUGUAGUCACCAGCCCCACCUCAUGAAAGCCCCUAGGCCUGGCACAAAGAGCCAGGAAAAGGGUACUUCUUUCCACUUAGACAGGACUAGAGCUCACCACCUUGGGAAGUGAGAUUAGGAGAGAGAAAGAGAAAGGGAUCUCAAGUAGGCAGAGCCC